AUGUCCGUCAUGCUCCACUCGGACGUCCGCACUUCUGAAAACCCUAAUGACUACCGGCUGCUGCUCGUGGACGUUCCUGUGGGCCAGGAGCCGUGUGAAGGCCUCACGUGCAUCAUUUCAUUCCAUCAUGACAAAACCAUGAGUCACUCCUACUCCUUCUGCAGCUGCUGCCUCCGCUGCGGGGCCCAGACUGCGGACUCCCCCAUGCUGCAGUUCCCCGCCUGGCCCUGGGUGAACAAACGGAGACCGUCGCGGCUGGGCGAGGGUCUUCCGCGCCCCCUGGCGGCCGGCCGCGGCGCCGCAGCUGCGGGCGAGGCCGCCUCCGGACAGACCGACGCUGUGGGCGCGCCGGCCCCGCCGCCCCGCGCGCGGGCUGCGACUCGCCAGUGCCCAGCCGGGAGCCGGCCACAAGACCCGGGGCCAUGGACGACGUGCUGGCGGGCCAACUGGAGCGCCGAGGCGGCCAACGCGAGCGCCGCGCCCCCGGGGCCCGCGGGGAACCGCACGGCCGCGCCGCCGCGGCGCAACGAGGCGCUGGCGCGCGUGGAGGUGGCCGUGCUGGGCCUCAUCCUGGUGCUGGCGCUGAGCGGCAACGCGUGCGUGCUGCUGGCCCUGCGCACCACGCGCCGCAAGCACUCGCGCCUCUUCUUCUUCAUGAAGCACCUGAGCAUCGCCGACCUGGUGGUGGCCGUGUUCCAGGUGCUGCCGCAGCUGCUCUGGGACAUCACCUUCCGCUUCUACGGGCCCGACCUGCUGUGCCGCCUGGUCAAGUACCUGCAGGUGGUGGGCAUGUUCGCCUCCACCUACCUGCUGCUGCUCAUGUCGCUCGACCGCUGCCUGGCCAUCUGCCAGCCCCUGCGCGCGCUGCGCCGCCGCUCCGACCGCCUGGCCGUGCUGGCCACGUGGCUGGGCUGCCUGGUGGCCAGCGCGCCGCAGGUGCACAUCUUCUCGCUGCGCGAGGUGGCCGACGGUGUCUUCGACUGCUCCGUGUUCAUCCAGCCCUGGGGCCCCAAGGCCUACAUCACGUGGAUCACGCUGGCCGUCUACAUCGUGCCGGUCAUCGUGCUGGCCGCCUGCUACGGCCUCAUCAGCUUCAAGAUUUGGCAGAACCUGCGGCUCAAGACCGCGGCGGCCGCAGCGGCCGAGGGCGCCGAGGACGGCGGGGGGCGCGCGGCCCUGGCGCGGGUCAGCAGCGUCAGGCUCAUCUCCAAGGCCAAGAUCCGCACGGUCAAGAUGACCUUCAUCAUCGUGCUGGCCUUCAUCGUCUGCUGGACGCCCUUCUUCUUCGUGCAGAUGUGGAGCGUCUGGGACGCGGAUGCGCCCAAGGAAGGGUAG